AUCGGUUUCUUAUUAGCAUUAGGCAUCUAAUUAUGAAUGAAAAUAAUAAUUUCAGUGCCUAUAAGCACAGUGGCAUCUGCCAUGUAAGAUUACCAUAAUUGUAACAAUAAUAACACAAGAGCAGGGAUAAAAUGGGAAAUUAAUAAUAAAAGGAAAACACAACGUAGCACGAACCAGGAACGGGUCUCAUGCUCCCGAGAAGACAUGCGCACCACAAAUUCUUCGUCUCUGUAUAUAAAUCCGCCAUUUCCAAACCUUCCCAAUCUUCCUCCUCCUCUUAUUUUCAUUCACAUAAUCACGUCAUUUCACCAUUAUUGACGGAUCCGUUCUGAAGAAGAAGCAGAAAAGAUUCUCACCGGCGGAAAAAAAAAAAACAUGAGACCCGCGCAGGAUAACCAGGGCUCGUUCCUUGGUCGGAUCAGCAUUCGCCGGAAUCAAGUCGUCGACGUCAACAACGAACAAGAUCAAGAAGAUCUCGAGAUUUUCCAGAGACACAUCGCCGACCGGUUCUCCGAGCUCUUGUCUCCUCCUCCUCCGCCUCUGUCGGCGGACGAGGCCAACAUGGCGGCGCCGGAGCAGAUUCUGUCCGUGUCGUGGCUUCGGAAGCUCAUGGAUGUCUUCCUCUGUUGCGAGGCCGAGUUCAAAGCAAUUCUGCUCAUGGGUCGUGACCCGACCCAGAUUUUUAAACCGCCUUUGGACAGGUUGGUUCCUGAGAUGCUGGAUCGAUCGGUUAAGUCCCUCGACAUCUGCACCGCCGUCGUCAACGGCAUCGACGCCGUCAGACACUACCAGAGACUCGCCGAGAUCGCCGUCUCCGCCUUGGAGCAGCGACCGCUCGGAGAUGGCAACGUAAGGAGAGCGAAGCGCGCUUUGGCGAAUCUCAUCACCGCGAUAAGCCUCGAGGACAAGGAGAACAGCGGCGGCGGCGAACAAAGGCGGAGGAGCCGCCGUGGGUCAACUCCGGUCGUCGUCGUGGGCGGUGGUCGGACCUGGUCGGCGGCGAAGCAGAUCCACGCUAUGACGGAACCGCGGGGCAACGAAUCGUCGGGGCUGUCGCAGCCGGUUUUCAUAAUGAGCACGGUGACUGUGCUCGUGAUGUGGGUUUUGACGGCGGCGGUCCCAUGCCAGGAGAGGAACGGGCUCAUGAGCCAUUUGCCGGUGCCGAAGCACCUAAACUGGGCACAGAGCAUGAUCUUGAUCCAUGAAAAGAUCGGGGACGAGUGGAAGAAGAAGGAGAAGAAAGGAUCUGCAGGGCUAAUGGAGGAGAUGACGAGGAUGGAGAAAUUGGGUCACUCUCUGAUGGAGUUCGCCGAAGGGUUUCAGUUUCCGGCGGAGGCGCCAGAGGAAAUGGUAGCGGAGAUGGCGGAGAUAUGCCGGAGAAUGGAUGAGGAGCUUGUUCCGCUGCAGCAGCAGAUAAGGGAAGUAUUCCAUAGGAUUGUGAGGAGCCGCGCGGAGAUUCUGGACGCCUUGGACCAAGCCGGGAAAAGUUCCGCGCCGGUUCUGUAAAGUUUAUAAUUAGUUGGGGUCAUAAUUCCAAUUUUGUAAUUCUUUGGGGGCUAAUAGGGGAUAUAUUCCAGUUAAUUUGUCGGUUGGGUUAUUUUAUAGUUCUGGGCUUUCUGGCACGGCCCAUGUUUUGUUUAUUUGAUUCAUCUUUUAUUGGUCCAUUUA